AUGAUAUCUACGAGCAAGACCCAUCUUACGAGGAGUUUUUAUCCAGAAAUCUGGUAGCUAAUAAACCCUGUCUGAUUAUCUCAGAGCUGGUUAAACAAUGGCCUGCAUACACAAAUUGGAGGAGCUUGGACAGUUUGAAAGCGAUCUAUGGUGACCAAAUCGUAUCUGUAGCCCUCUGUGAUAUCCGGGAUUUCAGCGAUCAGAAAAGGGAAGACAUGCGAGUUGAUGACGCUAUUACUAGAAUGCUAGAUGGAGAGAGAUUGUAUAUAAAAGACUGGCAUCUCGCUCUAAGAACGCAAAGUGACUUUUAUAAUACACCAGCUAUAUUCUUCGAUGACUGGAUGAAUGACUAUUAUUCUAGGCAUACAGAUGACGAUUUCAGAUUUGUAUAUGCCGGUUCAGCAUCCACUUUCACAGGAUUACAUAGGGAUGUUUAUAGAAGCUACUCCUGGUCAGCUAACAUAGUAGGCAAGAAGCGUUGGGUGUUAUUCCCACCACAUACAGAGCGCUAUCUAAGAAAAGAACCGGAUAAUCCAGCUUCAGAAAUCGUCUAUGACGUUCGUCAUGUCGAUAGAAAGACAUUUAAAGAUUUCGACAAAGCUGAGAAAGAUUCUAUAGUAAUUAUACAAGAAGCUGGACAAAUUAUAUUCAUUCCGAGUGGCUGGUACCACCAAGUUGAGAAUAUCGAUAAUUGUAUUUCGAUAAAUCACAAUUGGAGCAAUAGCAAUUGCUUAUUAGAUAUGUACUCUAGUAUGAAAGAGGAAUACCUAGCAGUUGAGUCUUCAGUGAUGGAUAUCAAAGAUAUAUUACCAAAUAAAGGUGAAUGGUAUGAAGUUGUCAACGAUCUCUUUGCAAAGAGUAGUGGAUGGAAUUGGAUAACAUUUUUUGCUAUGCUAACCACCGCGCUGGAGAAUACUGACCAAGAUCACCGGCCGGACAAAAAGAUAACUGAGCGGAAAAUAAAGCUCGUCGCUGCCUACUUUCGAGAAGAGUAUAAGGAUAUGAUAGACUCAGAUGACAGACUUUGUAAUAAAAUAAACCAAUUAUCUUGA